AUGGUAAUCAUGCAAAAAGUAAAAAUCAUAGAUUUAAGGAGUGACACUAUAACUUUACAAACCCCAGAAGUUAUACAAGCAAUGCAUACAGCCGUUGUAGGAGAUUUUGCUUAUGGUGACGAUAAAAGUUGCAACGAUUUAACUGAAUAUUGCAAACGCUUAUUUAAAGUAGAAGAUGCAUUAUUUGUUACGAGCGGUAUGCUCGCAAAUAGACUAGCUAUUGUCAGUCAAACAAAUCCUGGGGAUGAGAUAAUUACUCAUUAUAAUUAUCAUAUCAAUUUUUUUCAUAGUGCUGGUAAUGCAAAAGUAAGCAAUAUUGUAUUUAAUUGUAUAAAUAAUACUAGUGGGAUUUUGGAAAACAAGGAUAUAGAACAUGCUAUUAAUUCUAAGCCAAGGUAUAAAAUUUUUGCUCAAGUAAAACUAGUGACCAUAGAAAAUAGCAUUAAUGGUUUUAAUGGCAAAAUUUAUCCAUUUGAAAAACAAGUGAAGUUAUAUAAAUAUCUAAAAUCUCAUAACAUACAUCUUCAUUUAGAUGGGGCUAGGUUAUUUAAUAGCCACGUUGAAGCAAAUAUUGCUCUAGCAGAUUAUGCAAAAUAUACAGAUACAUUAAGUGUUUGUUUUUCUAAAGGAUUAGGAGCUCCAUUUGGAUCAAUGCUAUUAGGAAAAAAAAAAUACCUCCUUCAGUAG